AUGGCCAACUCUGCUGCAGAGCAGAAGCUGGCUGGCCGGCCUCAGCCAGCGAUUCUUUUGUCGUCCCUAAAAGGUUCAUCAUCAUCAUCAUCAUCUUCUUCUUCUUCUUCUCCGUCACUUUCUAAACCAGCAACACCCGAAAAUGAACUCACUCCGUCUGUCUCUGCCCUGAAGGAAAUGAGUCGAAAGUCUCGCUCCGGCUCAGGCUCUUCCCACUCUACUUCCGCGGACUCACCGUCUACCCCCGUCGCGGUCGAUAUUUCCAUGUCGACACAGCUCAGUAUGAUGCCUGUCAAAAAGCACAGACGAGAUGAAAACACUCUCAUCUCAACCUCCAAUACCUCACCAAGUGAGCCCACCGCUAAUACCUCGUCGAUUCAAACUGCAACUACUUUGAAUAUCCCAGCCAAAUUGAUCACCAAGCGCAAGUCAUGGGCAGAUGUUCUUCGCCUACCAGCCGAACAAGAUGUCGCCAUCGAAAGCGCCAUGGCUUCACCAUCUGAAUAUUUCGAUGCUAAACAAAGUCCAAGAUCCUCGCCUGAGACAUCCGGUCCUUCUAAGGAAUCUACACCCACCAACAACAAGAAGCUUGGUUCUAUCGAGCUCACUCCAACUCACUCUCACACGGAGCCAGCCACUUCCAGCUCCUCUUCACCGGGUGGCCAAAACGUCCCGAAACAUGCGAAGAGUGACAUGUCCACUGGCUCGAACUCGUCCGGUAAGUCAGCCAAAUCCACCAAGCUCCGCAAAAGCGUCGUGAUCAGUCCGUCUGCUGUCAGAAAUGCCCCAAGAGGCAAGAAGAACAAGAAAAUCUGGAGGAAGCGCCAGGUCACGGAUCAGCUUCCCUCAACCGACAGCUCGCGCACCGUUUCGCCCAAAAAGGACGAGAAUAACGGCAAGAACGAGAAGGCUGAACAGACUGAGAAGAGCUACAAGACCGAGCAGCCUGAACAGGCCGAGGAGAACGAAAAUCUCCCGAACUACCCAAGCGCUGAUGUUGAAGCUCUAGAUCUCGGCAAGUUUGACGAGCAGCCAGUAUUGCCAGUUGAGGCUGAUAGCCCUAGCAUCGUCGAGAACCUUCGAAGUCAAUUCGGCAAUCCAGCCUAUUCCGACAUUCAGAUCCUUGUAGGAUCCCAAGAAUCUCAGCAUGUUCCAAACUUCGGGCCUGGCUCAAACUACGAGGUCUUUUAUGUACACAUGCCCAUUUUACAUCUCAGCCCCUUCAUGCGUCAGAUGAUCCAGGCAAAAGCAUACGGAAGCAAUGAUGGCCUUCGCUACAUUCAUGUCAUCUGCGGUUCUUCCUUCAAUUUGAUUCCAGCUUUCAGUAUGGCGCUUCAGUACAUGUACAGUACACCUCUCAUUACAACCGAAACCAUAUGGGAAGUGGUGUUGAGCAGCGCAAACCACGGCCUAGUCUAUGGCAGGACCGUCUCGGAGUUUCAGCCGGGGAUCGCUAUGGUACAUUUUUCACUGUGCUACGCUGUGUCGGGCGUGUUUCUGAAUCUGCAUGAAGUCACCAAGAGAGGUAUGGAGCUUGCACAUGGUCUUCUCGCAUGGAACACAGUCGAGCUGUUUCUCCGAUUUGGCAUGGCUUCCUCGGCCUACAUGUUAACCUGCCCCGAGCUGUGCGACGAGUUGAUCAGUUCUCUGGCUCCCAGUACUAGCAAUGCCGAAUGGCCACCCAAGGUCAGCAUGAGUCACAUUACGGAAUUCAAUGAGAAGUGGCCGGGAUUGACCACCAACUUGGCGUUGGAAUUCAUCGCAAGUGCAAUCACAGCCGAUUUCGUGGUCUAUGAACGAGCCCAGUCCAGGUUCGCGCCCUCUCGCAUCCCGGGCCCUCUAUGGACUCUUCCAAACUCCCAAUGCUCGGACCCAGGACUGGAGAGUAUCAAAUUCGGAAGCUUCCCCUCAUACGCAGAGACUGCCCCGACCGACGAAGCCGUUCUUGUUACAUCCGCCAUGCUUUUGACUUUGCCGUUUUCGACAUUCGCAAUGCUCCUCGCCAUCCUCAAAAGACGCGGAGCGGCGCGAAUGGAGUUGAUUUCUGAAGCGGUCCACUUGCGCGAGGCGCGCCGUUUGCAAGCAGUCAGACAAUACCAGGAUCGAGUCUGGCCCCCUGGCACCCUCUACGAGCCGGGUCUGGAAGAGCUCGCAUAUCGCGAGGCCGUCGUGUACGAAGACUUGAACGCCACCCCGAACACCGACAUUCCACAAGCAUCGGUGAUGCGUGUCUGGGUAGGGCUAUCCCACCCAAAGAUGGAGGCGCUCAAGCGAGCCCACGAAGAGGAGACGAAGGAGGAGGAGUAA